GACCGGAGCCCGUUUCCCAGCCCCGUAGGCUCCCCGCGCUAGUUGUUGCCUUCUUGCCUAGGUCCGUCGGUGGAGGCCGGAGCAGAUGCGUCACGCGCUUCACGGCCACCCCUCGAACCCCACGACGAGUCUCUCAGAGUGGUGGGGUCAGAGGGCCCGGCUCAGUGUUCGACCACGGCGUCCUCUACUGAAGGACCCCAGGCCCUGUGAGGCCCUGGAGGCCCUGCCUCCCGCGCGUCUCCUGCCGAAAUACGGGAGGCCGGCGUCUCAACCCCAUCUUACCCCAGUGGUCACACCCUUUCCAGAAAGUCUUGGCUGGUAACCGCGAAGCUGGGGGAGACCAAGAGCUGGGAGAACUGGAGAAAACCGCUCUAAUCUGACUUGACUUUGGCUGGGAACGGACGCUGCAUCAUAAUAACCAACAUUUGCAAGGCGUUCUCUGAGGCUCUGAGGUGAUUCAUCUCAGAUUCCUCCAGAACUGAGCCUUUUACUGGACCUAUGUUCCCACCUGUGCCCCCAUGACCAGGUGGAUAGCACUCUUUGUGCCUGUGACCCAGCACCCUGGCUGACCACACUGAAGCAAGAUGCUCCAUCAGGUUCAUGGCCACAGUUCAGGCUCUGGUGCCCAAGGAGGGGAAUCCCUCAGAGAAGACCUGCGGGAGUUCCUGAGCGGGGAAGCCCCGCUGCACCAGCUGGAUGACCUCACCAAGGUGAAUCCCGUGACACCGGAGACAGUCCUGAGGUGUUUGCAGGCUCGGUACGCAGCAGACACGUUCUACACCAAUGCUGGCUGCACCCUGGUCGCUCUGAACCCCUUCAAGGCCGUCCCUCAGCUCUACUCACCAGCACUGAUGAGAGAAUACCACGCUGCGCCUCAGCCCCGGAAACUGAAGCCCCACAUCUUCACUGUGGGUGAACAGACCUACAGGAAUGUCAAGAGCCUGAUUGAGCCCGUCAACCAGUCUAUUAUUGUCAGCGGAGAGAGUGGUGCUGGAAAGACUUGGACGUCCCGCUGCCUGAUGAAGUUCUAUGCUGUGGUGGCCGCCUCACCCACAUCCUGGGAGAGCCACAGGAUUGCAGAGAGGAUUGAGCAGCGAAUCUUGAACUCCAACCCUGUCAUGGAAGCUUUUGGGAAUGCGUGCACCCUGAGGAAUAACAACAGCAGUCGCUUUGGGAAGUUCAUCCAGCUCCAGCUGAACAGGGCCCAGCAGAUGACCGGAGCUGCAGUCCAGACGUACCUCCUGGAGAAAACUCGAGUGGCCUGUCAGGCAUCCAGUGAGAGGAACUUCCACAUCUUCUACCAGAUCUGUAAAGGAGCCGGCACGGACGAGAGGCUUCAGUGGCACCUCCCUGAGGGAGCAGCCUUCUCUUGGCUGCCCAACCCGGACAGGACCUUGGAAGAGGAUUGUUUCGAGGUGACCAGAGAGGCCAUGCUUCAUUUGGGUAUCGACACCCCCACUCAGAACAACAUCUUUCAGGUCCUGGCCGGACUGCUGCACCUCGGCAACAUCCGCUUUGCCGACUCUGAGGACGAAGCUCAGCCCUGCCAGCUGAUGGGCGAUGCCAAGUGCUCUAUCAGGACGUCAGCCUCGCUGCUACAGCUUCCAGAAGACCCACUGCUGGAGACACUGCGGAUCAGAACCAUCAGGGCAGGCAGGCAGCAGGUGUUCCGGAAGCCCUGUUCCCGAGCCGAGUGCGACAUCCGCAGAGACUGUGUGGCCAAACUAGUCUACGCACGGCUGUUUGACUGGCUGGUAUCCGUGAUCAAUAGCAGCAUCUGUGCAGACCCUGACUCCUGGACCACUUUCAUAGGCCUGCUGGAUGUGUACGGAUUUGAGUCCUUUCCCAACAACAGCCUGGAACAGUUGUGCAUCAACUACGCCAACGAGAAGCUGCAACAGCACUUUGUGACUCACUACCUAAGGGCUCAACAGGAGGAAUAUGCAGUCGAGGGUCUGGAGUGGUCAUUUGUCAACUACCAGGACAACCAGCCCUGCUUGGAUCUCCUCGAGGGGAGCCCCAUCAGCAUCUGCUCCCUCAUAAAUGAGGAGUGCCGCCUUAAUCGGCCAAGCAGUGCAGCCCAGCUCCAGACACGCAUCGAGAGUGCGCUGGCGGGCAGCCCCUGCCUGGGCCACAACAAACUCAGCCGGGAGCCCAGCUUCAUUGUGGUACAUUACGCGGGCCCUGUGCAGUACCACACUGCAGGUCUGGUGGAGAAGAACAAGGACCCUGUCCCACCUGAGCUGACCAGGCUCCUACAGCAAUCCCAGGACCCCCUACUCAAGGUGCUGUUUCCUGCUGACCCUGAAGAGAAGGCCCAGGAGGAGCCCUCUGGCCAGAGCAGAGCCCCUGUGUUGACUGUGGUGUCCAAGUUCAAGGCCUCCCUGGAGCAGCUUCUGCAGGUUCUGCAUAGCACUACACCCCACUACAUUCGCUGCAUCAAGCCCAACAGCCAGGGCCAGGCGCACACCUUUCUCCAGGAGGAGGUCCUGAGUCAGCUGGAGGCCUGUGGCCUCGUGGAGACCAUCCACAUCAGUGCUGCUGGCUUCCCUGUUCGGAUCCCUCACUGGAACUUCGUGGAACGAUAUGAAUUGCUGAGAAGGCUCCGUGCUCGCACAUCCCCUGGCCCCCACAGCCCACUUCCUGCUGAAGGGCGCUCAGAAUGGUCUCCAUGCACCGAGGCGGCCACACUGCAACCUCUCCUCCAGGACAUCCUCCACACUCUUCCAGCUCUGACUCAGGCAGCCGCAGCACCUGAUGACCCAGCUGAGGCCUCAGCAGCCCCAGUUCACUGUGGCAGGACCAAGGUGUUCAUGACGGACUCCACGCUGGAGCUUCUGGAACAUGGACGUGCCCAGGUGCUGGAGCAGUGUGCCCGCCGCAUCCAGGGCAGCUGGAGGCGACACUGGUACCGCAAGCAGGGGAGGCGGAGGCGGGCAGCCGUGCUCAUCCAGGCAGCCAUCCGGUCCUGGCUAGCUCGGAAACACGUGCGGAGGCUGCAUGCAGCUGCCACGGUCAUCGGGCGUGCGUGGCGGAGGUGGCGAAUUGGAAUGGCCUUCCUUGCUUCGAAAGAACUGGACGGUGUGGAAGAAAACCACUUGUCUCAAGUUCCCCUUCCCACGGGCUCCCUCCUGCUGCCACAGACACAGACCAGCCUCCUGGCGGCGGUAAUCCGCCUGUGGCCCCUGGGACUGGUCCUGGCCAACGCAGCUGUGGGUGUCCGCGGCUUUCAGAGGAAGCUGGUGGUCUGGGCCUGCCUCCAGCUCCCCACGGGGAGCCCCAGUAGCUACACAGUCCAGACGGCCCAAGGACAAGCUGGUGUCACAUCCAUCCGAGCGCUGCCUCAGGGCUCGAUCAAGUUCCACUGCAGAAAGUCUCCCCUGCCAUACGCAGACAUCUGCCCUGAACCCUUACCCUACAGUGUUACUGGCUUUAAUCAGAUUCUGCUGGAGAGAGACAGCCUGGGCCACAGGCCUAAAGGUUCUCCCUGAUGAGGAGAAUUACACCAAAGACUCUGAACGCUGCAGAAACCAGCACAUGACCCUCACUGCAGGCUCAGUAGCAAUGAACAGACGCCAACAUCUGCGUGGUGCCUUAGUUUACAAAACCGUUCACACCUGCCCUCGGUCUCCUCCCUGCUGUGGGACUGGGUGCGCAGCAGGGUAGGCCUGACGGUGAGACGGAAGUGAAACCUCCCACGUGUAGGAACUACCCUGGCCCGUUCAUCACUCGGGCCACAGAAUGGCCCCAAGGCCAGACCACGCGGGCCUACAGAAACACCGGGCGUUAUGAACAUCCUCAUCCCUCUAAAACUCCCAACUCCUGGGGUUACCGUCUGCUUGAAUGGCUAGACCACGUACAGAGCACUGGGGAGGUGGGGUAAAUGCAGGCCCCUGCCCUACAGACCGGUGUGGGGGAGAGAAGGUACCAUAAAAUACGAGCGGUAUAUUGCAAGGCGCCAUGGGAAGGUGAAAAGUGCUUGCUUCUGAGAAAGACAAAAGAUCAAGAAAAACUGAGCUGAGGAAGGGUGGUAACCUGAACCAAGCUUGAGGGAGGAGAAUUUUGCCAACUCACAGAACCAGUAGGAUUCCAGGCCUAGGGAGUUGUAAGAAGGCAGGGAAGUGUGGAAGCCCUGAGUGUUUACAGGGUCAUGUGGCUGAAGGGCUCUGCGUGCCACACUCAAGUACAGGGACCCUUGAACAACGCAGGUUUGAACUGCACAGGUCUGCUUAUACAUGGAGUUUUCCCCCAUAAAUACAGUGGUGUAAACGUAUUUUCUCAUGAUUUUUUCGAUGUUUUCUUUUCUCUCAUUUACUUUAUUGUAAGAAUACAGCAUAUGAUACAUGCAACAUACAGACUGUGUGUUAAUCGACUACGUUACCAGUAAGGUUUCCGGUCGACAGUAGGCUAUUAGUAGUUAAGUUCUGGGGGAGUCCGAAGUUAUACACAAAUUUUCAACUGCAGGGUGGACGGAAGGGAGCCGUACUCCUGUGCAGUUCAAAGGUCACCUGUAUUUAGUAACUUAAAAAAAAAAUCACAUUCUGUACAUUGGAUUAAAUGUAUCAGUGGUUGAUACAGAAGCAAGCACAGCACACUUACCUAAAUUCUUUAAAUUCUGCAAAGAAACUCUGUCCUCUUCCUCAUCACUAUUGAGAAAGUCAGCUACAGAGUCCUCAUCAUCAUCUGAGGAAUACAGAACACAACUAAUUAUGACUAGAAACCUAGCUGCCAGACGAACUACUCCAACAGAUAAAUGUGCACACCAGUGACUGACAGCAGCAGGGGUAAGCAGGUAUUGACAAAACAAAAAUGACCUUUUCUGGGGCACCUGGGUGGCUCAGUCGGUUAAGCGACUGCCUUCGG